UAAGAGCGACAGGCACCAAGUCUUUCUCGAAAUCAACACUGCAGAAGUCGCAUAGUGCAAUCGGCCAAUCUACAGCUGCAUGCGAUAUAGGACGCCAGAGGUUUACGAUUUGGAAGCAUCUGCGAAGGAGGGAAGGAGCUUCUGUUGACCCAAGGAAAGUCAAGGAUAUCGGUCUAAAGCACGAUGCAAGCUGGAUUAUCCAGACUGUUGUGAAAUAUAGUGGGCAAAAGGGACUAGGUCGCGAAGGGGCUCAAAGCAAGUACUCGAAAGUUUGUUCGGUCUAUCUUCGCUCCUAGACCUUCUGUUGAUGACAGUAGUAGUUCUUAGUGACCAAGUUAAUCGGACUCUGUCCACCACAUCGAGCAUCUAUUUUGCUCGAAUUCCAGUCCAACGUACUCCGUCCACUGUCGCACCGGGAAACAUCUGCAGUUUCUGCUAAUUCCUUCGAGC